AGCCCCUUUCUGCUGAUGUCACGACUUGGGGCCCCGCAGCCGCCUUCCCCGGGCGGUGAGCAGGCAGGAAUCAGUGCUGGGGUUGGACGCCCUUUCCUAGAUCCUCCUCUUACGCCUCUUCCCUUCCCGGGACGCCGGCUGGAACGGAGCCGAGAGCCCCGGUUGUCCGGCAGACGGAUGCCCUGGCAGGGCCCGUCCAUGGAUGCCAACAAGAAGGUGGAUCUCAAGAUAAUUAUCAUAGGAGCUCUGGGCGUGGGCAAAACCUCCCUUCUGCACCAGUACGUGCACAAGACGUUCUACGAGGAUUACCGCACCACGCUGGGCGCCAGCAUCCUGACCAAAGUCGUCGCAGUAGACAACACCCCCUUGAAACUACAGAUCUGGGACACGGGGGGACAGGAGCGAUUCCGGUCCAUGGUGUCAACCUUUUACAAAGGCUCAGAUGGCUGCAUGCUGGCCUUCGACGUCACGGACAGGGAGUCCUUUGAGUCCCUGGACAACUGGAGAGAUGACUUCCUGGAGAAGGUCAUCCCAAGGGAGCAAGAUUUCCCCAUGGUCGUGCUGGGGAACAAAAUAGACAUCUGCGAUCGGCAGGUAUCCAAGGAGAUUGCUUCAGCCUGGUGCAAGGAGAAAGACAUCCCUUAUUUUGAAGUCAGCGCCAAGAACAAUAUCAACGUUGCAGAGGCUUUCGAGACCCUUGCAAAGCAGGCAUUAACAACGUAUAAAGGGAUUUUUGAGAGCUAUUUAACCGACUCCAUCAAACUCACUCCCAACGACAAGCCCAAGAAGAGCUGCUGCUGACGCUGGACACGCGGCCGUGCUCCGGGCUGUCCUGCACGAGCACCCCACCAUGCCCAAGGUGGAUGGAGCCCUAGCGGGGGGUCUGUGCCCCCCAGCCACAGAUGCUGGCCAAGCCGGGGUGCAGGACGGCCACCACUCAACACACCAGAGCCAGCUGGCUGCGCAUCCCAGCGUUUGCUGCUUCCCACGUCUCCGGAGCUGCUCUCCCAACCCAGCAGCCUCCCAAAUCUCCGCUGUGUCACGGCAGCCCCGUCCCUUUCACCCCACUGGCACCCGAGCGGGUGAUACCCCUGUUGUGACGGUGCCAGGGAGCCGGGCAGUGCUCCCGAUGCCUUUCCAGAGACCUUGGCCCCGUGGCUGAUGAUUCCUGGCGUAUGGACUGGUGGCUCUGUGGCUCUCGCAGUGUCUGCAGCGCGUAGGGGCUGUCCUGGGGCAGGAGCGCAGCUCUGAGAGCAGCUGGGUCCGCCUUAGGGUCAGCACCUGUGGAUGGAACUGUUCAGUGCCUCAGUUUCCCCUGCUCUCGUGCACACCCAUCCAUCAAACCUCUCCCAGCUCCCGCUGCACUGAUGAGGAUCCUCAGUAAAGCACUUUGUCGGGGAUUCUUUUUUUUUUUUUUUAUAA